AACUUUGUUGGAGAGUCCUGCCUUUCACUGCCUGGAUCAUUUUAACAGUGUGCCAAAGAAGGACUCCAUGAAAGAUGACAGAAGAAGUUAUUGUUAUUGCAAAGUGGGAUUACACUGCACAGCAGGACCAAGAACUUGACAUCAAGAAAAAUGAGCGUCUUUGGCUAUUAGAUGAUUCUAAGACAUGGUGGAGGGUAAGAAACGCGGCCAACAGAACGGGAUACGUGCCAUCAAAUUAUGUGGAGCGAAAAAACAGCUUGAAGAAAGGUUCUCUGGUUAAAAAUCUAAAAGACACAUUGG